AUGCUAACAUGUUCUAAAAAUCUGAAAUUAAAAUUAUAUACAGUUCCUGAUGAUCAAUUUCCUAAAAAGAGACACACUGCUUCACGAUCCUUGAAGCUCAGUUCAAGGAAAAAAAGUAUCAUCAUCUAAUAUUUAAAGAAUUACAAGAUGACUAUGAUAUAUUUUAGUACCUUAAAAACGAAAAUACAUCAGACAAUUAUAUGACAUCAUUAACUGAUAGAAAGGAAACUAGCUAACUUCUUAAUAACAAUUCUUCAGAAGUAAGGGUCAGUAACUUGUUUGAAAAAGAUAAAGGGUUCUUGAAAAAGUUCAAUGAUGUACAAUCGAAAAGAAAAUAAGAAUAACUUUUAAAAGCUGAUUAUUUAUUAAAGAAAGAUUUAGCAGACUUGAAUAAAAUUGCUUAAAACAGUGUUUAAUCAUUCUCGAGUCAUUUUUCUCUUUACAAUCAUUUCCACUUCGAGCAUUUAUUAGAGCCGUAAACAGCAAGACCUGAUUUGCAAUUACCACCAAAACAGACUUUUACAAUUUUAAGUAAUCCAAAUAAAAAGGAUAGAACGUAUAAGGUUCCUUUGCAUUAACCUUUUAUUUCAUAAGAUAAGAUAAUAAAUGAGCAAUCUCUAGAAAAAGUAAGAUUCUUGAAUUAGAAAAUGAAUAGAAUGAGCUUGAAUGUAUAAUAGUUCUAUAAAUGAAGUUAAUAACAAAGCUAGAUCCUUUGAGUGAAUAGUAUUUUCAAUUGAUCUAAGAUGGAAAUGUGGAUGAGCUUAAAAAAUUGAUAAAGAAAUAUCCGCAUUUAUUAUCAUAGAGAACUCGAGUAAUCAUUAUGAUUUAUAAGACAGUUGCAAGAGACAGGCCUUCAUGUGGCUGUAAAGAGAAACAAGAACCAAGUUGUUGAAUUGCUAUUAAAUAAUUAAAUUGAUGAAUUCGCAAGAAAUAUUGUAAGUGUAUUUAUAUAUACAUUUAGUGGGGAUAAACAUCAAGAUAAUUGGCAUUCAAAUUAUAAUAUCGUAACAUUUUAAAAGUAUUAUAUAAUGGAUUAUAAAGAUGCUUACAUAUGAUUAGAAUUAGUGAUUAUAGAUUAAAAUUUUUAUACAAUUAAAUAAUCAGAUUAUAAUGGUAAGGAUUUCAAUUCCACAUUUUCUAGGCAUCUCUUCUGAAGAUCUUUCAAGGGGAACCGUUAAUUGAAAUGACUUUGGAUGGUAUAGAGACACGCGAACAUGCAAUAUUUUAGGAUAAUUAAUAAGGAACUUUAAAGUUACCAGUCUAUAUUGUAAUUGAUAUUGUUUGAUUUUAUGUAAUAGGGUGAUGAUGACAUCUCAGGAGUUGUUAUAGUAAGGAUGAACAAUUAAAAAUAAAUAAAGCAUUUUGGAAUCCAAGUUGAAUUGAUUGGACAUGUUGGUAAAACUUAUGAAUUUACAAAUAAAAGACAUUCUCAAUGACUAAAAACAAAGUUCAGAUUUCAUGUCGAUAUCAAGAGAAUUAGAACCUUAAGGUUUAUUGUUUGAAGACAAAGAAUAUAAAUUUUAAUUUUAAAACUUUGAGAAGCAAUAUGAAAGUUAUUAUGGCAAUAAAGUGAAAUUACGAUAUUACGUGAAAGUGUAUAUGACUAGAUGGUAUGACAAGGUGUAGAAGGAAGUAGACUUUGCUGUUUUGAUCUUAGAGCCAGAAGAGGAUUAACCGAAGGCUACAAAUAUGGAAGUAUUGAUUUACAAAAUGUUAAGAGGUUGGGAUUGAAGAUAUCUUACAUAUUAACUUUGAGUAUUCAAAGAAUCGAUUUCAUUAGAG